AACUGUUCGUGGUGCGGAAAUUCGCCGCGCUAAAAUCAAAAUUCGCUCACGAUUUCUGCGCUCGCUGACGCUGCUGCUGACGGUGAAGCUGACGCUGACGCUGACUCGCGGUAGUUUGUCGCCGGACGCUAGCUGUUUAGGUUCGCAGGACAUUGGUGUACGGCAAAGCGGUCAUAUCCUUUCGACAGCCGGUCGCUCAAACACCGUGUGCGUUGUCGCGGCUCAUUUUCGCGAUUUCAUUUGACAUUCUGCUCAGCUAAUUGAAUCGACAGAUGUGCCAAAAAAAAUAUCCAGCGGAAUAUUUUAGUUUUAUGCCAUAAACAUACAUGUGAAGUGCUGUGCAUCGUGUUUUUGUGCUUCCUUCAAAUUUAUCUAAACGAUAAAUAGCUUGAAUCAACGAAAAAGGAUUGUAACCACAUUAUUUAGGCCAAUUAAAUAAUAUUUAACUACAAAAACUGCUCAAUUUAUGGAUAAUAACAGUGAACAACAAAAUACCUAAAACUAAAAACAAAGUAAAACAUUCAAAACACCAAUAAAAAAAAUUUUUGUAAUCGAAUCGUCGAAUAUAUUCGGACGAUUCCAUAACAAUUUAUUUGCUGAGGUGCCCAAAAAAGACGCCAAACUGUUCGAUAACGGCUUGAAGUUGGAUAUUUCCAGCUAUUCCCACAUGAACAUACGCAUGGGCACUAAGGGCAAGCGACCUUUGCGUAGCUUGACCCCCCGCGACAAGAUCCAUGCCAUACAGCGCAUCCACGAUGGCGAAUCCAAAGCGUCGGUGGCUCGCGACAUUGGAGUGCCGGAGUCUACGCUGCGUGGCUGGUGUAAGAACGAGGACAAGCUGCGCUUCAUGUCCCGCCAAUCGGCAGCGGACAAAAUGUGCGCCGAUGCGCUGGCAGAUAAGCUGGAUGGGGCAGCUGGGCAUCUACUGGGGCCACCAGAGAAGCGUCAGCGGCUGGACAACACUUCUCUGCCACUCAACUUCUCGAACAAGAUGAACUUUGAUGAGUUGGCCUUCAAGCGAUCGCCGCUCAACGGUCUCGACUACAGCACCAACAAAAGUUUGGCGGACAUGAACUACAACGGGUUGCCCGUGGACUAUGUGGGCUUCAAUGGGGCGGCAGUGAAGAACAAAGUGUUUGGCGCGGACAUCUCGCGACCUGGUCAAACAGAUCCCUCCCUGAAUGCGAUCAGUCCGCUGUCGAGUCUGACACAUCUGUCAGGUCUAACGGGCAUCUCGCAAUCCCCGCUUGCGAUCAGCUUCAAUGAGCUGACCUCCAAUCUUAAUCUGCUCGCCCAGCUCAAUCCCGGCUUGGCGGCCAUGUCGGGUCUGAACAGUUUUGCAGCCACUGCCAACACAUUGCGCCAACCCAAGCCACCGGCGCAAGCUAAUCUCGCCCAGGUGCAGAGUCCACGCAGUGAUAAUGGGGAGAGGGAGCGAGAGCGAACUCCUGCUUUGUCGGUGAAGAACUGGGCUAAGCAAAAGACACCCGGCGACUGCGAUCCCAAGAGUGGCAGCAGCAUCAAGAGUCCCAGUCCAUCUUUGGCGCCCUCGCUCGUGGGUUGCGUGGCUCCAUUGUCCGGGUUGCCCGAUGAUCCGUUGCUUUACUGGCUCAAGUCGCAGCAGGCGAUGCUGGGGUUGAACAGCUUGUAUCCGCCACCACCGCCAGUGACUUUGGGUGUCACCAGUCCGCCCAUUCGCUCAUCCACGCCACAGCAGCAACUCAAUCAGUUUGGCAACACGCCGCCCAUCCCUUCGGCGCCGCUGACGCCAUCGUCGACGCCCUCGGGCAGCCUGGAUGACAAAAACACCGCCUGGUACAAUUGGUGCAAAGCCUUUGGCGCCAGUUUGCACUCACUCAACCCGAAUUUGGCUGCUCUUCAGGCGAAUUCCCUGCAACAUCAGGCGGCAGCUAGCGGAGGAGAUGCCACGCAGCUGGGGGACAUUGCCAAGCCGCCAUUUGAGAACAUUCUGUACUCACAGCUGACCAAGGAGACCGUGGGUACGCCCUCCGUGCGCAGUUUGUCCUCCAAUGAGCAACAGCACACCGAUCCCGAGAAUGAUGCGGAUGCUGAUGGCGAAAUGGAAGCUGAGCCGGAGACGGAAAACGAACUGGAGGCGGAAGCAGAAGGUGAAGCGGCCAGCAAGCCUGAAGAUCUCUCAGCCAAGUCCGUGAAGACAGCCAGCUCUGCCACGCCCAGUCCCACACUAAUCUCUCCCUCAGCGAGUCGCGAUCAGAGUCCCGAGCCAAGGGCAGCGUCGAAUCCACAUCCUCAGGCCAACAUAGGGGAUGCAAACAGCGUGGGUGAGGAUUGUAAGAGUGUACUGAACAACAUCAUAUACAAGAUAGGCGGCAAUGCAGCCACGUCCACGCCCCACAACACUGAGCUCGAUUCCGAGAUGAGUUUCAACAGCGAUUCGCAUCAUCACAACAACAACGAUGUCAGCGAGAGCAACAACAACACACACAACAACAACAACAAUAACUCGAAUAAAACCGAUGAGGAGGAGCGAGCCAAGUUCAUGGAGAUGGACAGCGAGGACAUCGAAGAAGUGGUGGCCAUAAAGCAUGGCGAAAAGUUUCUGCAGUGGCUGGAAAACUGCAGCAAUCCUCGCGUGACUGCUGUGCAGUUAAUGCAGCUGAGAUUCCUCAUCGCUGCCAUCAAAUCCUCGAGCAGCGAGGCGACAACAACAACAACAACAACUCCAGGUGAGCUCCUCUUGGGUGAGAGCGAGGACAACGACGAUGCGGCAAGCAGAAACAAAUCGCGUCGUCGCAAAUAGGACAAACCGAAGUUGGCGCUUGCGGAGCCAGCCACGGAUACCUCGACCCUCAACUCAGUUGGAAUGUUGGAGCAGCAGCAAAAGGUGAUAGAACAGUUCUCGCCAGCUGUUUAUCAAUCGUCGGCCACGCUGCUGAGCUCCCUGAUCUUUCCUCCCUACGAAUUUGUACACUGUGACCUCGAUGAUGAUCCCGACGACUGCCAGAUCACGGGCGAGUAUCAACAGCAGUCCGACGAUGACAGUUCCAGCGAUAGCGAUAACGAUAACGAUGGCGAUGAUAAUGUACAGCAUGACUUUGAGUAACCCACUUCUUCCAUCUCCCCCAACAAUUAUAUAUAGUAUAUAUCUGUAUAUGUAAAUCUCUGUAUUUGUAUCUGUAUGUAUGUUUUUUAACUAUAGUCUAAGCUGAUCCUGAGCAUUAUCCAUUCACAAUUUGAUUGAUAUCUUUGUGUUCUGGUUUCCACUCUUUCUCUCUAUGAAAUAAUUUAGCAUAUAAGUAAGGGAUAAUAAUUGUAAAUACUCCAUACAAAAAUGAUUGAUUCAUUUCCUUUUUUCGAUUACUCGAUUAUACUUGGCAUUAUUUUAACUUUUACUUAUUUCUUGAUAUCAAAUUAAACAAAUGUUUCAUGUUUUUAUUCAUACUAGAAAAAUGUUAACGCUUGAAGUUUUUAGUUAUAGAUCUUAUCUCUAAGAAUUAAAAAAAAAAACAAAAACAAAAUAAAACCGUAAGCAACAGACAGACAAACAGACAGGAACUGAACUGAACUGGAG